CUAACUCCAUUCCUUUUCAUCUCAUACCGUUCUCCUCUCUAUCUAUCUCUUCACCACUUAAAUAAUCUCAUUUUUUUUCUCUCCCCUUGAAGAAAAAUGACAGAAAAUAUGAACACAUUUUUAGUACUACUCAUGUUCUCUCUUGUACUCUCCACCACUGCGUUUCAACCCUUAGAUGAUAAUAUCCUAGACGGGUUGAUAUUCCAAAACGACACCGCAGCCAUCAACUUAGCUUCGACCGACUACGGCCACAUAGUAAAAAUAAACCCAGAAGCCGUUUUAUCCCCAACAUCACUAAACGACAUCGAAACCUUAAUAAAACUCGUAAACGACAACAACUCCUCCGGUGUGAGCGGCAGUAAAACUGUAGCCGCGAGAGGGCAAGGGCACUCAGUCCGUGGCCAGUCCAUGGCUGAGAAGGGUAUUGUGGUUAAUAUGACGUCUUUGGCGAGUCUUGGAGGGAGGAUUGUAGUGGUUUCGAACAGUCCUUUCGGACCGUACGCAGAUGUUGGAGGUGAACAGACUUGGAUUGAUGUUUUGGGUGAAACCCUAACGCAUGGUCUCUCACCGGUCUCUUGGACCGAUUAUUUGGAUCUAAGCGUUGGUGGAACUCUCUCAAAUGCUGGGAUCAGUGGGCAGGCUUUCCGAGUUGGACCUCAAAUCGCCAAUGUCUAUGAGCUGGAUGUCAUUACAGGAAAAGGGGAUUUAGUCACUUGCUCCAGAACUAAAGAAGCUGGACUAUUUUAUUCAGUUCUGGGAGGUUUGGGCCAAUUUGGAAUCAUAACCCGGGCAAGAAUUGCCCUAGCCCCAGCACCAAAUAAGGUAAAGUGGUUACGACUGUUAUACACCGACUUUGAUGUUUUUUCAAGAGACCAAGAACGUUUAAUCUCAUCGAAUGGAAGAACGAGGGAAAAGGGUGGAGUGGAUUAUGUGGAAGGUUUUCUUUUAAUGAAGCAGGGUCCUUUAGAUUUUUCCUUUUAUGCAGCGCCUGAUCAGUUGAGAAUAACAACUCUUGUCACUCAAAGCGGCGUCGUUUACGUAAUUGAAUUGGCUAAAUAUUAUGUUGAUACGGCCACUGUAGACAAGCAGGAUUUGGAAGUUUUGUUGAAAGGGUUAGGGUUUGUUCCCGGAUUUGCCUUCUCGAAAGACGUUACAUACUUAGAAUUUCUGAAUAGAGUAGGAGCUGAAGAGGCCAAGCUUCGAAAGCUAGGGCUUUGGGACGUUCCUCAUCCAUGGCUAAACCUUUUUGUCCCAAAAUCAAGAAUAUCAGAUAUAAAUUCAGGCGUUUUCAUGAAGAUUCUUCUUCAAAAUAAAGUUCCCGCUGGACUCAUUAUUGUUUACCCAUUGAACCGAAACAAGUGGGAUGACAAAAUGUCUGCGAUGACACCAAAUGAAGAAGUUUUCUACACCAUAGGGCUACUUCAUUCAAGUAAGGUGGACGAGUGGGAAGCUUUUGAUAACGUCAAUAAGCAAAUAUUGGAGUUUUGUCGUGUUGCUCGUAUUCCAAUUAAGCAAUAUCUUCCCCAUUAUGAAACGCAGCCUGAUUGGAUCAACCAUUUUGGUUCAAAAUGGCCAAAUUUUCAGCGCAGCAAACUUACUUUCGACCCCAACAAAAUAUUGGCCCCUGGACAGAAAAUUUUUACUGCUUAAUUAAAUCUGUAGUUGUAAUUCAAUAAUUUUAGGCUAGCUAGCUUUGAAUAUAUAUAUAUAUAUAAUAAAAUAAAGAAAUAGAAACUGUUCUUAGCUUUUGUAUCCAUCCAUCGAUCCUUUAGAAAGUAAUUAAAUUAGUUCAUUGUCAUGGGUACAGCACUGGAUCUUA